CUCUCCACGAUCAAUCUACGGUUAUACAAUGGCCUGGCCGUAAAAGUGUGUUGCAAUCACCCCUCAGACACGAUGUGAUGCUGCAAUGAGUCGCUGGGAACCGCCUGAAUUUUUCAAACCGUCGAGAUAACCGGACAAUUUUCUCAUCUAUCCCAACAACUGCCUAGCUCCACGGAAAUGGGAGAUGCAACGCGCGAUCGGCAUAGCGGCCAGCAAAUAAGAGAAUCGUAUGUAUCGGAGACAGCCUUGGAUACGGCAGAAGAACCGAGGCAGAAGCGACACGCGAACGUCUACGAUGCGGUGGCUGGGCGAGUAACCACCACUGGGAGCCUGGGUGCAUCGUCGGGGGUGCGGUCGGUCGAUGGCAUCUACCGUCUACGGGAUGCGACGCUCGCGCCCGAAGACGUACUGUUCCAGCGCAUCGACGCCCCCCAGCGCUACGCGGAGAAGGAUAUCUACUUCUCCCGUGAGGCCGCCGCCGUGACCGAGAGUGACAGCCGCCUCCUUCCAGACAGCGACCUGCUCAAAGCCGUGCACUCAUACGCGGCCCACCUCUUUGAGAAGGUUGGGAGUCAUCGUGGAGUCCACGGUGGCGGUGGUCACGGCGAGGAGGGGGAGGGGGAGGUUAGGGACCCCGGCUGCUUUUUCGGGUUGCGGCACGUGGACGAGCGCAGCAUGGACGAGACGGCGCUCAUCGCGUUCGGCAUCCUGCUCGAGGAGACCGGGCGCGAGGUGCUGGGCAGGCGGGGGGACCUGGUCUUCACGGAGGGCCUGGACGAGGAGGGACCAGCCCAGACGGGUCGCGUGGCUGACGGGGAUGGACGGCAGCCGCACACGAGGGAGGUGUCGGUGGGUCCUAGCGACGGGGAGACUUUCUGGAGGAAGGGCUACAAGAGGAGGAAGAGAAACGACGGGGGGUUUGGCGAGGGGUGAGGGCCGAGGUCUUGGUCUCAGGAGAGCGAGGAGCGGUGGAGUGGCAGGCUGCUGCUUGGCAUGGCGAUCAGGCUGCGCGUAGAGUGGCAGCGUAUGCAGGUGGCGUGGGUGAGGCCUUUAGUUGCGUCUUGCUUGCUUCACGGGACCCAAUGGGCUGGGUCGCCUGGGCUGGGAGCACGGGCCCCGUUCACCGAAGCAGCCUGGCGUGCUGCAAAUGAUGCUUGGCCGUCCACCGAGCUGCCGGCAGAGUGGGGCCAAACGGACCAAAACGGGGAAGGUAGUGGAUCCGAGGCAGUUGGUGCCCCGAGCGUUCGGCCUCCGUGGCCAAGAUCCGGUGUUAUCCGAGCACGGAGCGGAAUCAAACGGUCGAGUCGAUGGCGUCAGUCAGUCUCCAGGUUGGCCGCGCCUUUCCGUUCUUGCUUUUGUUUCCCCCCCCUCAUACUCUUGGGGCUCCAUUAAAGAGUAGGCCGACAGCCAGUCAACCAACAGUCAAAUCGCCCAUUUUUGUCGCUGAGAAUAUAAUGCCUCGUCGCCAGCCCCAGCACCAGCACCAGCACAGGUAU